AUGCCUUCAGCGACCUUGACAUCGACCCGUCGGCUCGGCUCCGGAGGGAUCCUCAGACCAGCACCCCAGAUUCCGGAACCGCAACAGCCCUCACAGCACAUCACUCCCAAGACCUCGCCGGGUGACAGAGGACAUGUCCCGGGUGGCAGGUCAGCGGACCGCCGGGGCUCAUCCGAUGAAGCCCGGGGGCGGCACAAAGACAUCACACACGAAGUGUACGCGGCGCGAGAAUAUGCGGUGCUGAGUGGUCUGCACAGUCAGAGUUCGAGUCUGCCGACACCGACACCGACGUUAACAACAGCGCCGGCUGCGACGGAAACUAUGAAGAGACUGGGCCCCUUGCCCAUACGAAGAGCUUGGAGAAGCCGGCCCGAAGCGGCGGCGGCAUCAUCAUCGCCCGACGUCUCCCACGCGCCCGUCCUGGAGGCCAUCAUGCUCCACGAACGAGGAGAGGCGCAGAGCGCGGACCGGCAGUGCUCCAAGUGCCGCAGAGGGGAAGGGAUCUCGCCCGAGUGCGUCAAGAUUCCCGGCAUCCACGACGGGGCAUGCAGCAACUGCCUCAUGGCGCGGGCCUCUCCGGGUCCGGGGCCGGGGACGACGACGGCAUCACCGGCGCGGCCGGUGUCAACCCGGAGUUACUCGGCCGAGCGGCGGUCCAUCUCGGCGGCCAUCUCCCCGUCCGUGCCGAAGGAGGACCUCAUUGCCGUCUGGAACCUUAUCGCGGGCGUCAUGGCGACGCAGCCGCACGGGUGCUUCGUCGAUGACGACGCGUCGGAGCCGUCGCCGCCGCCGCCUGGCAAGAGGAUCGAGGACGCCGCGCGUCUGGUGGCCAGGUCGGCGGACGAGUGGGGCCAUAUGGUAAAGGAGGAUGCCUCGGGACCGGCGAAGACGCCCGCGGAGAGGGUCAGGCUCGCUAGGCAGGCCGGCCGGAUCCGCGAGACGGCGCUGCAGAUCGCCGACUGCGCGCGGGACUGGGGCGAGAAGCUGGAGAGGAAGCGGUCGUUCUCGCAGCUGGGGAAGUAG